ACAGUCUCGCAGAGAUCAGACCUGUUGCUAUGGGACAGAAUCGAAUGGCAAGCACUCUGCCAGCUGAAGCUGCCUGUGGGAAUUCAGUGACAGACAUGGGCCCGGACGAGUCUGUGCUCAUCCUUAUCAAACACUGCCGCGACAUGAAGCAACAGGAGACGCGCCUCAGACUCAUCACUCUGCUUCUGCUGCUCACCUGUAUGGCGUUGUUCAUUUUCAACACUGGUGUAGGUUUAAGGCAACGUGAAAGCACUGGAGCCAGCGGACAAGAGAGCGCAGCUGAGCAAAGUCUAGACUACGCCAAGGAAGAAAAAGUGUGUGCAACAGGUACUCCUCCAACAAACCUAAAACAGCACAUUAAUCUCAGGUCUGUCGCUACAGACAACAAGGGCGAUGGAGUAUACAUCAAAUGGGAUGUCAUGUUGGGUGAAAGAUAUGACCCGGAGAAACGUGCCAUUGUGAUUCUUGAGACAGGCGUCUAUUUUGUGUAUUUGAGGAUUGCUUUAAACUGCCUUGGAGGGGACAGAGACGGAAACUUCAAGAGGUUCUAUGUACAGCUGCACACCUGGAACAAAGGGUACAACAAGACCGUAACCCUGACGGAGGCCUGGGACAGCAUAGCAUGCACUCCACAGGGGUCCCGGAGUUUCUUUGUGGGGCAGCUUUUUGAGUUGUUGAAGGAUGAUCAUGUAAGUGUGUGGAUUGGAGUGGGCUACGAACACAUCACAAAGUCAUCAUUUGGUGCUUAUCUUAUAGAGAAUAGGCCUUGAUGCCUUUCUGUGUAUGUGCUCAUUGUCUUAAUAAUAUAAUAAUAUCCUAACUAUGAAGGUCUCAGAAUUAGUAAAUGGGUGCCAAAAUGUCUCAGAUUUUUCCUUGGAUUUGUGACUAAUCUGAAUAUAUAAAGUAUAUAAUGUAUACACACUUGAGUUUUGUUUUCAGUAAUAUUUUACUGAUACACCAU